ACGUAUAAGCAGAUUUAUGGGUCAAGUUGUCCCCGGGAAGUUACAAAUAUAACGUUUUGCGAUACUAUAGACAGACGUAUAAGCAGAUUUAUGGGUCAAGUUGUCACACCUUUUUGAUAGUCUAUACGUUGUGAAAAAUACAACAUAAUAAAUCGAGACCACGUUUCUGACCGACCAACAUAAAUAUGGCUAUUAUAGAUGCGAUAUUCGGUGACAGUACGUUGAAAGUUCGCCUAUGGAUUCGAGCUAUAAUGUACAUUGUGUCGGCGUUGAUUGGAAUUGCGAUCGCUAUCUCGAUGGGCGUUGCACGUGGUGCGUUCCGUGGUAACUGUAUCCUGUACGGUUCUUGUAACCCACGAGGACGCUUGUUACUUUACAUUUUCGGAUCGCCGUCCCAUUGUAACUUCAUCAUCGGAAUGAACGCAGUACUGACUGUAAUCAUACCAGUAGGAUUAGCAAUCGUAUUUAUUCUAAUCACUCUGAAAAAAUUAGAGAUCGAUUUGACUCAAUUUGUGAUGAGUUUGGGAGUGUUUGUGUACUCCGUCAUUGCCUCAUUGCUGUGUAUUGUCUCUGCUGGAAUGGCUACAGCAGGAUAUAAUGCCUGGUGCUCAACAGUGGUGACAACCAUGAAAUUUAUACAGCCAGGGUAUCACUGGACGUGUGAGCAAGUGCCGCUUAUAUUCGCAGACGACCCGAAGUCUGAAAUUAUGUACCAUGGGCCCAUGAAGGCAGUGAUAGGUCUCUCAUGGGCUAAUGUCGUGGUUUGGAUAGGAAUAUGUGUAGGAUCAGCCUUGGCAUUUUACGCAAGCCUGCGCAUGCGUAAUAGCGGAAAUGGGAACUCGGAUACUCAAACAGAUUCAAGAGUCGUAUAAUAAAUGGGAAGGUAGUGGGUUCGACUCACACCAAAGUGGAGCGACUUUUUCAUAUAUCCGCCUUUAGCAUAGGAUUUGAUCCUUUGUUUCAAAAUAACUGUUCAGAUAUCAUUAGGAGACUGAUGAUAGUCCAAAGGAAGCACAUGUAUAUAUCAUGGGGAAUUGAUUAGCAUUGACAGACUUAUGAACAAAAUCUGGGUAUUUUCAUCAAAUGUAACAUGUACUUUAAGAAAUGAUUUUUUGUAUUAGUAGAAUGGUGGUUUUUGUCAUCACACAAGAAACGAGUGCAUAAAAUUGCAUGAAUUGAAGGCCAUAGGUCCCGAGGGUAGAUAUAUUAUGUUGACCAAGAGAUAAUAUUCUGAACC